AUGGUUCUCGUCCACAUCGUUCUCUUUGAAUUCAAACCCUCCACUCACAAAGAUCAGAUCGACGAACUGUGCAAACAUAUGCUCUCUCUCUCAUCCCUCUGCAUACACCCAGAGUCCCACAAACCAUAUAUUUUAGAAUCUUCGGGGGGGAGGGAUAAUUCGCCAGAGGGCCAUCAAGUAGGCGGUUUCUCUCAUGGCUUUGUGUUUCAUUUCGCAUCCACUGCCGAUCGAGAUUAUUAUGUGAAUGAAGACCCUGCACAUCGAGAAUUCGGCCAGAAAGCCGCAGGGAUAUUGCAGAAUGUUAGAGUGGUGGAUUAUGAGAUGGGUGCUUUCUAG